UGGAAUUGUGAUACCAUGAGCGAGUGUAAAUAUGGAAGAAAUUAGAAGAUUGGAGUAUCUUUCUUUAGUGUCAAAAAUAUGCACAGAAUUAGAAAAUCAUUUGGGGAUUAAUGACAAGGAUUUGGCUGAAUUUAUAAUUGACCUGGCCAACAAAAAUGAUACAUUUGAUGCUUUCAAGAAAGUGCUUACUGAAAAUGGAGCAGAAUUCUCAGACUCUUUUAUGUCUAAUUUGCUACGAAUCAUACAACAGAUGAGGCCUAAAUCUUCAUCUAUAAUUGAUGAUGAUGAAGAUGAUGAUUGCAAAGAAAAUUUUCAAUCUGAACUUGAAAAGAAAAGAGAAAAAUAUCCAGGUUUAGCUAUUCCAAACGAUGAUAAUGUCAGAAAUAUGUUGGAUGAGGAUGAGAAGAUUGCUGAAGAAGCUUUAGCUGAAUUGGAAGCUUUUGCUCCCAAAAUGAAAAGUGCAAAGAAAGAAUCGUUAUCCCCAGAUUCCAGGAAAUCAAAAAAAGACAAAGCGAAACACAAGUCAUCAAAAAGGAAUCAUUCUGAAGAAAGGCAUCACAAGAGAAGGUAUUCACGGUCAAGGUCUCGGUCUAGAUCCCCAUCAUACAAAAAGAAAAAAUAUAGGUAUUCUAGGUCUAGGUCAAGGUCCCCUAGGAAAAAUAAGAGCUGGCGUAGCUCUAAGUCACGUUCUUUGUCACCUCGAUCUGAUAAGAAAAGUCGUCAUCCUGAGAGCAAACGAUCUGAGCGGGAAAAACCACCUCCGUUGCCAUUGGAACCAGUAGUAGGACAGAUUUACAGUGGAAAAGUGACAAACAUCAUGCAGUUUGGUUGUUUUGUACAAUUAGAAGGGUUAAGAAAAAGGUGGGAAGGACUUGUACAUAUAUCCCAACUCCGACGAGAAGGCAGAGUCACUAGUGUUGGUGAUGUAGUCCAGAAAGGCCAAAGAGUAAAAGUGAAAGUUCUGUCUUUUACUGGACAGAAAACAAGCUUAUCUAUGAAGGAUGUUGAUCAAGAUACAGGAGAAGAUUUAAAUCCCUCAGUAGCAGUUACUGAAUCUUCCAGGAAAAGGGAUCAGGAUAUAUUAAGAAACCCUGAUCGUCCUUCCUGUCUUCCUCUAAUUUCGAAGCUUGAUGACAACAAUGUGGACAAUAGAAGGCAUGUCCAGCGGAUUUCUUCUCCAGAACGCUGGGAAAUAAAACAGAUGCUUGCAGCCAAUUGCAUUGAUAAGUCUGAGUUACCGGAUUUUGAUGAAUCUACUGGAUUACUUCCCAAGGAUGAAGAUGAUGAUGAAGACAUUGAAAUAGAACUCGUAGAGGAUGAGCCACCAUUCUUAUCAGGUCAUGGUCGUGCCAAUAUGCAAGACCUCAGUCCUGUAAGAAUAAUGAAGAAUCCUGAUGGUAGUUUGGCCCAGGCAGCUAUGAUGCAGUCAGCACUUGCCAAAGAAAGAAGAGAACAAAAGCAGCAACAAAGAGAAGCAGAAAUGGAUUCCAUUCCUGCUGGUCUUAAUAAGCAUUGGAUUGAUCCAUUGCCAGAUGCUGAGGGUAGAACUCUGGCAGCAAAUAUGCGUGGCAUUGGACUGUCAACUCAAGAUUUACCAGAAUGGAAGAAGCAUAUAAGUGGGGGAUCUAAGGCAUCUUAUGGGAAGAAGACACAAAUGACUAUUCUUGAGCAGAGACAAAGUCUUCCUAUUUAUAAACUGAAAGAUGAUCUCAUAAAGGCUGUAACAGAUAACCAAAUACUGAUAGUAAUUGGUGAAACUGGAUCUGGGAAAACCACCCAAAUGACUCAAUAUCUUUCAGAAGCUGGUUUCACUGCGAGGGGUAAAAUUGGUUGCACACAGCCAAGACGUGUUGCUGCUAUGUCAGUUGCAAAAAGAGUUGCUGAAGAAUUUGGGUGCAGAUUGGGACAAGAAGUUGGCUACACAAUACGUUUUGAAGAUUGCACUAGCCCUGAAACUGUCAUCAAAUACAUGACAGAUGGUAUGUUGCUUAGAGAAUGCCUUGUGGACCCAGAUCUGAAAAGUUAUGCUAUUGUCAUGUUGGAUGAAGCACAUGAAAGGACUAUUCAUACUGAUGUGUUGUUUGGUUUAUUAAAAAAUGCUGUAAAAAAAAGACCAGAAUUGAAACUCAUCGUCACUUCUGCUACUCUAGACGCAGUCAAAUUUUCUCAGUACUUUUUUGAAGCACCAAUUUUUACUAUUCCUGGGCGUACAUAUCCUGUAGAGAUUUUGUAUACCAAAGAACCAGAAAGUGAUUAUUUGGAUGCAUCCCUAAUUACUGUCAUGCAAAUACAUUUAACAGAACCACCAGGUGAUAUUUUAUUGUUCCUGACUGGUCAGGAAGAAAUUGACACUGCUUGUGAGAUUUUGUAUGAAAGAAUGAAAUCUUUGGGGCCAGAAGUACCAGAACUCAUAAUUUUGCCUGUGUAUUCCGCUUUGCCAAGUGAGAUGCAAACUCGAAUUUUUGAACCAGCUCCACCUGGAUCAAGAAAGGUACAUAAAAUGUUACAUAUUUAAAGCAAAGAAUAUGCAUAUAUAACUGUU